AGUCGGGACAUUGCCUGGUAAAUGAUUUGUCUCGUCGAGAAUAAGAUUUUAAAUAGUUAGGCAACAACCGAAAGUUCCAGAUAUUGAAAAUUUGCAGAAUUUGCACCAAUUGAGCAAAUACUGCACUGACGUUACUGGUCAACUUAAACGGCGUUUAAAUAAGAUACAGAUACCACUGUAAACUAUGUUGCAUGUUAUUGAAAAAGAACGCGCUGAUCCUUCAUUCAAUGAUAAAUAGCUGCAUAUCCGUAAAUCAUCUUCAUUUCAAAUAUCGCGUACUAUCACUUUAGCUCGGUAGGUUGCAACGUUAUACAUUUCAGUUACGCAAUUAUUUGACGUGUGCAAGUGUUGUAGUCAAAAUUAUGGCUUGGGGCGAAGUAGUACUAGAAAUAAGGAUCCAAUUUGGCGCUGCUCGUGACUGCAUCCAAUCAGUCGCGCCGCGGCGCGUGGAGCAGGUGAGCGUGCGCUGAGGCCACAGACAGAAACGCUAUGGCGAGUCACCGCGCUGUUCAUAACGGCACAAAACCAUCAAGAGCCCCGCUGCCAUCUGCACUGCUACUGCAUCAGGUUAUUCAACUCAGGAAGUGAAAACACUCGAGUCUCAGAUAUAACUAAUCGACCCGCGAUGGCGAAACAUCGGUUGCUAAGAAGAGCAUGAGCGCAGGGAAGACUACCCCGACAUGCUCAGGAGGGGUGGGUAAAGGUGGCGGAGAUGACCCCGGGAAGUCGCCUGAGCAGGAAGAGGCUCAGCCCCAAGUCCUCUGUGGGGCAGGCCACUGCAAGUGGUUCAAUGUGCGAAUGGGGUUCGGAUUUAUAUCAAUGACCAGCCGCGGGGGACGUCCCUUGGAUUCUCCGCAGGAUGUCUUCGUACACCAAAGCAAACUGCACAUGGAGGGCUUCCGCAGCCUGAAGGAGGGCGAGCCCGUGGAGUUCACCUUCAAGAAGUCCUCCAAGGGCCUGGAGUCGCUGCGAGUGACGGGCCCUGGGGGGGGGCCCUGUACCGGCAGCGAGCGCAGGCCCAAAGGGAAGACCAUGGUGCAGAAGCGGAAGCCAAAGGGAGACCGAUGUUACAACUGUGGGGGUCUGGAUCACCAUGCCAAGGAGUGUAACCUUCCACCUCAGCCAAAGAAGUGCCACUACUGCCAGAGCAUUACCCACAUGGUGGCUCACUGCCCCCACAAGACGUUAGCCCCAGCAACCUCCAGCUCUCAGGGAAGACAUGACAUCGAUGUGCAGCCUUCUACCUCCGCCUUUGCUCCGCCCUCAUACCCCCCAGAAAGCAGUGACUGGCCAGGGCAUUCCUUACAUGAGGCCUCUCCGCACAGCAAGUCCUCCGGGUCCCCGGAAGACCCCGCCCCCCGGGUACAGAAGCGAAAAAAAACCUGACCCCAGUCACCACUCCCUGCUUCUCCCGUGUGCGCCAGCCCGCUGGUGUCUGCCCCCACUUCACCUCCACCUUCUCCUGCCCCUCAGCUACCUCAAUCUUCAGAACAGCAGCUACAUCUCAACUCAACUACUGGCUUAAAGACUGAGAUUAUCUGUAGGAAUCUGGGCAUUAACAUCUCUGCAAACUUCCAUGGCAGAAGGGGAGACAGUCCACUUGCAGAAUUGUAGUCAUUUCUUUUUAUUUGGUCUUUUAUCUUUUACGUACCUCAUUGGGAGCUGACCGUGGUUUUGUCUGUCCGUGGGCUCGUUACAUUUUUAAUCCUUAGCAUCACACUUCAAUUUUUACCUUUGUUUUCCCUGCGAAAACUUUUUCAGGCAUUCCUUCUUCAUGUAAUUUCUCAUAGACUCUGCUGUAGUAUCCCUGUACCUGCAGCAUAGCAAUGGGGUGAAGCAUUCCUCUUGCGUCUUCAGUCUGACAUGGCCCGAUUGCGAUGAACUCUCUUACAGCAAUACUAAUAUAUUUAAAUAUGCGAAGGCGCCCAUUCACCACCACGCCCCACCCUGCAGGCUGUGAA